CGCCCCGCCGCGGGUCGGGCCCUGUGUCAGCAGCCGAGCGGGCGCUCGGGCGGGACAUGGCUGGCUGUGUGGCCCGACGGGCCCUGGCCGUGAGCAACCGCUGGUGGUCUCGGUCGCUGGCCACGGCCCGAGGGUCGAGGCCGCUCUGUGCGGUCGGUGGAGCAGGGACCCUUCCGCCGGUGGCCACAGUGACGACACGAAGGCAUCUGUCGUCCCGAAACCGCGCAGAGGGCAAAGUGCUGGAGACCGUUGGUGUGUUCGAGGUGCCAAAACAAAAUGGAAAAUAUGAGACUGGGCAGCUGUUCCUUCACAGUGUUUUUGGCUACCGAGGGGUUGUCCUGUUUCCCUGGCAGGCUAGACUGUAUGACCGGGAUGUGGCUUCUGCAGCUCCAGAAAAAGCAGAGAACCCUGCUGGCCAUGGCUCUAAGGAGGUGAAAGGCAAAACUCAUACUUACUAUCAGGUGCUGAUCGAUGCCCGUGACUGCCCACAUAUAUCUCAGAGAUCUCAGACAGAAGCUGUGACCUUCUUGGCUAACCAUGAUGACAGCCGGGCCCUCUACGCCAUCCCAGGCUUGGACUACGUCAGCCAUGAGGACAUCCUUCCCUACACCUCCACGGAUCAGGUUCCCAUCCAGCACGAGCUCUUUGAAAGAUUCCUUCUCUAUGACCAGACAAAAGCACCCCCUUUUGUUGCACGAGAAACGUUACGGGCCUGGCAGGAGAAGAAUCACCCCUGGCUAGAGCUCUCUGACGUCCACCGGGAAACAACUGAGAACAUCCGUGUCACAGUCAUCCCUUUCUACAUGGGCAUGAGGGAGGCCCAGAACUCCCACGUCUAUUGGUGGCGCUACUGUAUACGCUUGGAGAACUUGGACAGUGAUGUGGUGCAGCUCCGGGAGCGGCACUGGAGGAUAUUCAGUCUCUCAGGCACCUUGGAAACAGUGCGAGGCCGAGGAGUAGUGGGCAGGGAACCAGUGUUAUCCAAGGAACAGCCUGCAUUCCAGUAUAGCAGCCAUGUCUCCCUGCAAGCCUCCAGUGGGCACAUGUGGGGCACAUUUCGUUUUGAGAGACCUGAUGGCUCCCACUUUGAUGUCCGGAUCCCACCCUUCUCCUUGGAAAGCAAUAAAGACGAGAAGACACCACCCUCAGGCCUUCACUGAGCUGGAGUGGCCUGACUGAACACUGAUCGGCUCCCAGCAGCUCCAGGUUCCCUAAGCCUGGAGAAGAGUGAGGCAAAACCAGUCAGGCUCCUGGAGCUGUGGGUUUCUGAGCAUUGAGCAAAAGUCUGUCAGGCAUCCAGACCACGAGUGCAGGAACCCAGCCAAGAAGCAGCUUACGUUAUGGACAAUGACCAAGCCAAGCCGCUUUCUGAGCUUCUUUCAGAUCAACGGAGUCAAGAGAAUUGGGCUGCAUUUUGCCCCAGUUCUUAGGAUUCCUUCACCACUAUAGUCACUGUUAGAGGUCAUUUCAUUCUUGCAUUAUUAAAUCUCAGUUCCAGUC